CUUUUUUUUUUUUUUUUUCUGAACUCAGUGUGAACUUGAAGGGCGUGGAGUGCUGUUAAUUCCGAUUACUACAGUAAAAUAUCAACACGAGAUGAAAUUAAAUGUUGCAGGAUAUUUUUUUCUUGCAACACCACAUUUAAACUGAAAUCCGUAACCCUUUUCCUGACUCAUGUUUGUGGCAUCACCAGCUCCGGAUCUGUGUCGCUGUCGUCAGUCUGUGCUCUCUGUGCAGGGCAUGAAACACCCAAUUUAAUUUUAAAAUGUUGCAUUUUACUGAACACGAUAUUGAUCGCUCUUUAGUAUCGUGCUAGGUAUCCGCCUGCAACAGACGGGCAAUCAAAAGGGCCUUUCCCAUUGUCUCCUAUUGUGUCUAUGCGUGAGGUCGGCUGACCAGAAAACACGUGGGCCGAGCAGUGUGAAGAUAUCCGGUUUGUAGAUUGCGCUGAAAGCCACAAACUGCAGGCUGUCUCCGCUAUGGCGAACCGAUUCUGCUAUAACCUGGACAAAAGAAGGGAGCCUUGAUGUGGGCAGUAUGAGUAAGACGCCCCCUAACAGAAGAGGCAUAACAUUUGAGGUGGGAGCUCAGCUUGAGGCCAGAGACAGCCUCAAAAACUGGUAUGCUGCCAACAUAGAGAAGAUUGACUACGAAGGUGAAAAAGUACUCAUCCAUUACCGCCAGUGGAGCCACCGUUACGACGAGUGGUUUGACUGGACAAGUCCCUACCUGAGACCAGUAGAGAGAGUUCAGCUGAGGCGGCAGGGCCUGCAGGACGACGCUCCAGUGCCUGGCUUUCAUGUGAAUGACAAGGUCCUGGCCAGCUGGUCUGACUGCCGUUUCUACCCCGCUAAGGUCAUUUCAGUCAAUAAAGAUGCAUCCUACAUUGUGAAGUUCUAUGAUGGCGUUAUCCAGACAGUGAAGGGAAUACACGUGAAGCCUUUUAUUAAAGAGAGAGGUGGUGUUGGUGGAGGGAAGUCUCGGUCCACUGAAAGGAACAUGGUUAGGAGGGUCCCGAACCGCAGAGACAGGAGGCCUCAGGAGAACGGCGGCCCUAAGAACAAGCGAGCCAGGCGCAGCACCUCUGACCAGGAGGAGGACAGUAACAGUGAGGACGAGGAGCGGGAAGAAGGGAUGGUAAACGAGAAGAACAAGAAAACAAACGGUGAGGUGGAGGCCGCACCCUCUAUCAAACAGGAAGAGGAAAUAUCUGAGCAAGCAGACCAAAACAAGCCCAGGGAUGUGGAAAAGGGGACCGGACUCACAAAUGGGGUGAAGGUAGAAGAAGACGAUGAGCAAAACGAAGAAAGAAGUCACUUAAAUGGAGAGGUAAAGAAGGAGGAGGUGGACUCAGAACGCAGUGGAACAAAGCCAUACACAGAGUUGCCCAAGCCAUACACAGAGCUGCCCACUCAGACAUCGGCACCGACGGAGCAGGUGUCUGUCACUAUGACAACCACAGAAUCAAAUGGAGAUGCGGAGCAGAAGCCAAACGUCCAAUCAGAAAGCUCUCAGCCUGUGGCAGAUGUGCCGCCUCCCCAGCCUGUGAAACCGGUAAGGAAGCAGGGUUUCCACAACCCCAACAGAUUCAGCAGAGAACCAUUGUACCGAGUUAUCAAGAACCAACCGCCCCCCGUCUUGUCCAUCAACCUCGACCACAAUCCGUUUAAGUGCAGCGCUCCUGGCUGUACAAAGUCAUUCCGAAAGGCCAAGCUGCUGCACUACCAUAUGAAAUAUUAUCAUGGCGAGGAGCAGCCUCUGGAGGGAGAGGGCAGCCCCACCAGGAGCGUCCAGACCAGGGCCUCUGAGAAACAGGUUACUACCACCGGUUUGGACGGCCCAAAAAGAAGGCGCACCAUCUCUGCCUCUAUGCACUCUGUUGGAGCUGCUGCAGCUCCCCGUGGUGAGGUGAAGACUGCAGGCAGACGCACAUCAGCCCCGCCUGUAGUCAACACCCAGGGCCUUCAGCAGAGGACACUGCUGAGGGAGAAGAGUAAAGAGAACCAGCUGGACAGGAAUGGAUGCCAACAACAGGACAAGGACUCAGACAAGAGUGGCUUUGACAUUGGGUCAGUAAAAGACAAACUGAAAGAGAAACCGAAACAGAAGGACUUCCUCCGCAUUAAACUAAAGAAGAAGAAGAAGAAAAAGAAGGCCAAGUCUGACUACACAGGUAGUGAGGAGAAUAUUGACAUCUCAGUAUUGGGUCUUGAGUCCAAAUUGAAUUUGCAACUCAAAUCCCCCCCCUCACACAAUCACAAGCCUGAGGCCUACUCCAGCAGGCCCGGAUUCAGCUACUCAGAGCAGAUAUAUGUGGAUGAUGAGGAUAGCAUCAGUGACUGGUCCACUGACAGCUGUGGAUGGAGCGACGAGGACUUUGGGGUGGAUUUGGACGUCACCACUCCUCCCCUGAGUGUGGACUCCGGCGCUGUGGACACAAGUGACCAAGAGAUCGUGCGAUGUAUCUGUGAGGUGGAGGAAGAAAAUGACUUCAUGAUUCAGUGUGAAGAUUGUUUGUGCUGGCAACACGGCACCUGCAUGGGCCUGCUGGAAGACAAUGUUCCAGACAGAUACACCUGCUACAUCUGCAGAGACCCACCAGGUCAGCGGCAGAGUCUGCGCUACUGGUAUGAUCGUGAAUGGUUGAGCAACGGUCACAUGUACGGCCUCUCCUUCCUGGAAGAGAACUACUCUCACCAAAACGCCAAAAAGAUCACCACCACCCACCAGCUGCUGGGAGAUGUGCACCACGUGGUAGAGGUCCUUAACGGACUGCAGCUCAAGAUGAGCGUUCUACAGAGCAAUACUCAUCCUGACUUGCAGCUGUGGCGGCAGCCUUGGAAGCAUUUGGAGAGGUCACGGACCGGUUCAGUCUCGUGUCGUGGCAGUGAUGCAGCUCCAUCUCCCGUCACUCCCGAUGAGGACAUGAGCCGAGGUGAGAUUUUAAUGUCCAAUGCUCUGGAGAAGCUGAGCCGGGCAGCUACAGCUGCCACCUCCUCCUCGUCCUGCUCUUCCUCCCCCUUCCCGUCCUUCCAGGACUCAUACAUUACCAGUGAACAUUGCUACCAGAAACCUCGGGCUUAUUACCCGGCGGUGGAACAGAGGCUGGUGGUGGAGACCCGACAGGGCUCAGAGCUGGAGGACAGCAUGAGAAGCACAGAGGAACUGUUGGAACGGGAGCAGCGCUACGGAAGCCUGCUGGAGACAGACAAGCCCAAAUCAACAGGAACCAUUAACAAGGCUUCAAUUGGUGGCUCUUGGUCCCAGGCUGAGACGAGGGAAGAGAGUGGAAGAGAUCCUGGGGAGGCCGCAGAUAACAGCAGGCAGCAUCAACAGAGGCAGAUCAACCUGCUGGAUCACAUAGAUGCAGUCCAGGACGAGGUAUCACACAGGAUGGACUUCAUUGAGAGGGAGCUUGACGUGCUGGAGAGCUGGCUGGACUACACCGGAGAGCUGGAGCCCCCUGAACCCCUGGCCCGUCUGCCUCAGCUCAAACACCGCAUGAAACGGUUGCUGACACAGCUGGGCAAGGUGCAGCAGAUCGCCCUGUACAGCUCCGCAUGAGGGCGCCAGAGAACAGCAGCAGCCUCAGUCCCCACACAGCAUGCAGGAACUGUGCAGCCGAGGGAGAUCGCUGCUCUCUGGCUGCAAAUACAACAAUACUAAUGCAAGUGCAAGACUCAGAUUGUUCAGCACGUUGUCUCUGACCUGACAUCUGCUGCUGUUUUUUCCUUUUAUAAGGUUGUGUGUGGUGGAAUCCGAUGCUCCUGCCAGCCAGUGUCAUAUAUGAAUAUUUAUAUGAACAUUUAUGGAAAGUCAGCAUCUCAAAUCAGGAUUAAACACAAGAAGUAACCUCGUAAAUGCAGGAAAAAAAUCCUUAGGACCAGGUUCCCAUGCAACUCCAAACCUUAUGAAUGCCUUUCGUCUGAGCUUUUGCUUAAGGUUGCCCUGUCUCUCUCAGUACACAGUGCUUUACAUGCAGAAGCUUUAUAUUCGAAAUUGCAAUUGAGUUCUUGAACCUACACAGCCUCUUUGCUAUCGUUUUUCGAACAAUGUUUUCAAAUGGUAAUUGUUUUUACCUGUCAUGCCAUACUGCAUUAAAACUCUUUGCUGUAAGUGUGGACAGAAAGUAACUUGAAGACAUCCAAUAUGUAACGGCACUGUACAAGCAGUAUCUACAAAUGAUUUGUUUUGUUUCUGACCUACUCAAGGGUUUAUUUUAUACUACACUGUGAAGUUAUUUUUGUCUGGAAUUAAAGGCUUCUUAUUUUCAGUUUUAGAGACGUAAGAGGUGUGAUUUCUGUUUUGUCUUUUGUUGUGUCUUCAACUGUAAUCUUUUACUGACAGUCCUCUCAUCAGUGUACCAGUUUUAUCAGUUUAAUCUUUGUUUGUCAGUUACCGUAUCCCUUACUUCAAUUUGCUCUUUGCAUUGUUGUUGCUGUAGCACUUGACCUAUGAUUCACAGAAAACUGUAAUGUGGACUUGUCUUUUCUUAACCUAGCAUCUUGUGCUUUGUCAGUGACAGAUCCUACUUAAGACGACCUGUACAUUUCUUUUCUUUUUUCCAGUUUAAUUUCACCUGUUUAUUUGCAGUAUUUUUGGUUGUUUGUAAAUAUGUUAUUCAAAAAUGUGCUCCUCUUUAUUGAAAACAUUCUCCAAGUUCAGAUAUUGUAUGCUUCUGUACUGUAAGUGUCUGGCUUAGAUGCAGGGAAAUGUCAAAAACAAUGCAAACAGAUUUGCUGGUACAUAAAUAAACUCUCAUUGUUAUUAAUCACUAAGGACA